AUUAGAGAAAAGAUAUAGCUGAUUAAAUAUAAAGUUCCCCCAGAGGGUAAGUUGCCGUCGGUUUUUACUUCCACCCUGAGAAACCAAGCCUACUCUCAUACUGUUACUGACAUUAACAUGACAAACCGAAAAUUUACGAAAACUCCCGACCGCGGCCGACGUCAACACUCUGGGAAGACUUGACAUCAUAUAUCAAGAAAAAAGUUUGCUACUAAAACAAUUGUAACAAUUAAUUUGAAAGAGUAAGAGACAAUAUCAUUUUAGUAAAUUGUCAAUAGAUGUUUGCCUGAAACAAAAAAAACUAAGUGAAUAAUUAUUCGACAGCGAAAUUAAUUUUUUUAAAUCAGGUAAAAUUUAAAAUAACCAUAAUCCAAGAUGGAAGCAGGUUAUAUUUUAGUAAAAAGGAAUACUAUUACCUAUGAAUGGAAAAUUCAAGAAAUGAGUUCAUUCAUUGAAGCUUCCAAUACUUCUGACUCAAAGGUUUUAAUAACAUCACCUAAGUUCUCAACAAAAGCUAAAAGACAAGAUUUUUGGAAUCUGCUGGUACAGUUAUACGAUGCUAAGUCAGAAGAGAAAGAUGAAGUUGGCCUAUUCUUGAUGUCUUUGAAUGGUAACCGCCAAGUGAAAACGGAAUAUUCAUGGUUCAUUUUAAAUAAUGAGAAAAAACAAGUGAAUAUAAAGAAACUAAUUAAAACUUUCGGUGUUGAUGACAACUGGGGCAAUCGGCAAUUCAUAAAGAAAGAAGAUUUAUUAACAAAAAAAGAUGAAUUGUUGCCGUAUGAUAUCUUGACAAUAGGUAUCGAGCUUACAGUCUUUAAUGAUCCCGUUGGCAUUUCUACCAAUGUUCCAUUUAAUGAAUCAAAGGCUUUCAUGGCUCAUGACUAUGAAAAGCUUUAUGAGAGUAAGAUGGGUUCUGAUGUUGAGUUGAUAGUACAAGAAAAAAAAUUUCAAGCUCACAAAUUUGUUUUGAUGGUACGCAGUCCUGUGUUUCAAGCGAUGCUGACCACCGAUAUGAGGGAAAACAGGGAAAAAACGAUCACCAUAAAAGAUAUGGACUCUGAAGUAUUCAAGAGCAUGCUAGAAUUUCUUUACACUGAUAAAGUCAAUGAUUUAGAUAACGUUGCGGAACAAUUGCUCGAAGCCGCAGAUAAAUAUCAAAUUCAGACGCUCAAAGAAAUAUGUGCAGAAUCACUUUGUGAAUCUGUGACUAUCGACAAUGCCUGCAGAUUACUUGUUGUAGCUUACCUGCAUAAUACAAAGGAAAUGUUGGAGUAUAUUUCAAAUUUUAUUGUAAUUAAUGCAAGUCGUGUGGUAAAAACAGAAGAGUACAAGUUUAUGACAGAAUUGCAUCCGUGCUUAGUACCUAUUUUAUUUGAUAAACUUGCCGCUUCUUUUGAAAACAAAUAAUUUGUCACUUUUUUAAAUUUUUAUUUUAAAAUUCUCGUAUGAAGGAGAAAAAUUUAUGUUACAAGUAAAAUACAGUGAAGUUUAUGAAGAUUUGACAUCGUAUAUUCUAUAAUUAAUAAUAAGUUUGUUUUCAUUAUAUAUUAUAUUAUAUUAUUUUAUAUAUUAAUCGUUUACAUGAUUUUAUAACAUUGCGUCAUACAUGUUAAACCAACGAUAAUUCAUAAUUUCUUAAAUUCAAAUAUUUUUCACUAUAUUCGAGUUAGAAAAUUACUCGAACCAAAAAAAUUAUCUAUUAUAAUUACUUAGUAAAUAAAUUAUAAUUACUCACCUAAUUAUUUUAUUUUUUUUCAUUUAAACUACGAUCUAUGUCGAAAAGUCAAUUUAAAUAUUUAUAUCCACAGUAGUCAGUUAUUUACUGUUAAUUAUGUACUAACUUAUGAGUGUCAAUGUAGCAGACGUAAGACAAUUUAUAGAAUUAAAAUAAAUAAAUUCAAAUAAUGAAAUUUAAAAAAAAGCGCGUACUGAU